AGAUCCCCAUCUUCUCCAGUUUCUUCUUUUCCCCUCACCUUCUUCUUCUCUCCUCCGUGUUUUAUUCUUCAGAAUCUCUCUCUGUAGCUGCUCUUCCUCAAAGAGGAGAAUUCUCUUCUUUGAAUAAGACUAACUUGUUCCCAGAACCAGUGUUGUGGUUCUUUGCAAAAUUUUUGAACAUUUAUGUGAAGAAAGGAUGUCACAUUCUAAAAGAUCCAGCUUUGAUUCGUUACGUAGCAGAUUCCGUGAUUCUUUGGGGUUCACUACCGCCACAAGCAAAGAUAACAAGCCUGAUUUCAGGGAACUCGAUCUGGGUUCACCAGUUUCAACUCUACCGGGCUUUAAUGCCAAUGGUGGUACAAGCAGCGGUUCCAGCUCAUCCGGUUCCGUUUCAGGCAAAAGCAGCACUAUCCAUUUGCCCAAGAAACCCGAAAAUGGCUCAGGCAGUCACUCAGGUGAACUUUCUGAGGCCACCCCGCCUCCAUCUGGAUCGGUCCCUGGAAACAGUAACCGUAGCCUGGGUCACCGUAGAUCCGUCUCAGCUGGGGCCGCAUUGAUCUACUCAGGUUCAAGCUUUAGUGGCGCCACUAGUAAUUACGGUCAUGUCAAUGGAGCAAGCUCAUCGGUUUCUUCAAAUCCGAGCAUAUCAAGCGUACUGCCUAGUGGUAAUAUCUGCCCAUCUGGGAAAAUCCUCAAAACAAUGGCGCCUCGUGUCCCCAACAAAACCGAUACACUCGUUAGGGGUACGGGAAACUACGGCCACGGCAGCAUAAUGCGGGGUGGUCUUAGUGGCGGUGUGAAAAUGGGUAAUAGUGAUCCAGAGGAGGUGAAGAGGGCUGGUAAUGAGAUGUACAAGAAAGGGAAUUUUGUGGAGGCAUUGGCAUUGUACGACAAGGCUAUUUCUAUGUCACCAGACAAUGCGGCCUACAGGAGUAACCGUGCAGCAGCAUUGACGGCGGUGGGAAGGUUGGAAGAGGCUGUGAGGGAGUGUGAGGAGGCUGUCAGGUUGGACUCUGGGUAUGGAAGGGCUCAUCAGAGGUUGGCUUCUCUUUAUCUCAGGUUGGGACAACCUGAUAAUGCCAGGUAUCACCUCUGUUUUACAGGGCAACAACGGGAUCCAACUGACUUGCAGAAGUUGCUGUUGUUAGAGAAGCAUAUUAUUAGAUGUGCAGAUGCCCGGAAAAUUGGGGACUGGAAGAGUGUGCUUAGGGAAAUUGAUGCAGCAAUUGCAAUUGGUGCAGACUCAUCUCCUCAGCUUGUUGCUUGUAAAGCCGAAGCUCUUUUGAAGCUCCAUGAAUUCAAGAAUGCAGAUUGCUACUUGUCAAGUGCUCUCAAAUUGAAACAUCCCUCUUCACACACAGGAUCUUUUGGUAUGAUUGGUGAAGCUUUUGUGCUCUUUGUUCAAGCCCAAGUUGAGAUGGCAUUAGGAAGAUUUGAGAAUGCGGUUUUGGCAGCAGAAAGGGCAGGGCUUAUUGAUCAUAGUAAUGUAGAAAUUUCAACAUUAUUAAACAAUGUGAAUAUGGUAGCAAAAGCCCGUAGUCAUGGCAACGACCUUUUCAGUGCUGGAAAAUAUGCUGAUGCCUGCUUGGCUUAUGGAGAGGGCCUUAGAUAUGAUAGUUCCAACUAUGUUCUUUACUGCAAUAGAGCCAUUUGUUGGUCAAAGCUUGGACUGUGGGAAAAAUCUGUAGAGGACUGCAACCAGGCACUAAAGAUCCAACCAAAUUAUACAAAGGCCCUGCUUAGAAGGGCUGCCUCAAACGGAAAGCUUGGAAGGUGGGCAGAAGCUGUAAAAGAUUAUGAGGUCCUGAGGAGGGAACUUCCUGGAGACAAUGAGGUUGCUGAGUCUCUACACGGUGCACAAGUUGCACUGAUGAAAUCCCAAGUUUAUAAUGUAAAAUAUAGUGGGGAAGCAGAAGAGGUUUCUAACCUAGACAGAUUCAAAGUGGCAAUGUCAUCACCUGGCAUUUAAGUAGUUCAUUUUAAAGUGGCAUCCAAUGAACAAUGUGAAGAAAUAUCUCCCUUUGUAAAUACAUUGUGUGUUCGAUAUCCCUCUGUUCAUUUUCUUAAGGUAUGCAAUUCAGCGGCCUUAACCUUCCUGGUACACGUGAAAUUAUUGGAACACAUUUACAUUAGAAACUUCCUAGUUUUUACCUUGUUUUUGCAGAUUCCAUUAACAGCUUUAACAAAAAUGUAUGGUUUCUUUUUUCAUUUAUUUUCUUAGGACGAUUACUUGUUCCUGAGUUGUUAGUUAUGGUUGUCAUGACCAUAGCUUAUAGGACUUACAAGUUCUUUUAACCAAAUCUAUACUUUUAAGAAUGAAUUUGAUUGAUGAAAUGAUGUCUGAACAAAUGUUUCUGCUAUUUGAUUAAUGAAGGUGGAUGUGGAGGAAAGAUUGGCAGUCGCAAAAGCAAAGAGUAUAAGAAGUGUCCCGACUUUUAAAAUAUACAAGAACGGAGACACGGUGAAGGAGAUAUCCGGCCAAACCAUCAGUUCUUGCAGCGAUCAGUGAGGAACCACAUUCUAUAGAAUGCAUCCUUUUUGUCAUUCUUUCGAGGCUCAAAAGCACACAGCAAUAGACAUCAUUCGGUUGUAAUUAUUACAAAUAUUCAUCAAUGCUUCUCGAUUCAUGCUUGGAUCGUCAGUUUUACCUCAAGACAUAAUCAACUAUAUAAUUGUUUCACAACUUUUUAAUGCAAGAAUAGCCCUGGAGAGAAAGUAGCGU